AUGGAGCGUGAGGCCGAGGCCGAGGCCGAGCCGCAGGCGCAGGCCCAGGCCCAGGCCGCCGGCAGCUUCUCUCUCGCCGCCUGUGAAGCCGCCCUGGAGCGGUUGCUGCGAGGCCGCCGCUCGGCCCCGGCCCCGGGCAGGGCCUGGUUCAAGGAGAGCAGCGCCCGCAACCUCCGCCGCCGGGACUUCAUAGCGCCCCGCGGGGCCCUCGGCAAACUCUUCCCCCGCGGCCAGGUUCCCGAAAACGUCAUGCAAGGCUUCAGCUCGGAUCAGUGCCAGGGCCUCCACAUACAGAGCUGUGAGCAGACGGAUGCCGGACUCCUCAUUCAGUUGGACCACACCGCCCUUUUUACGGACGUCCUGAGCAAUGUCGCUCAGUACACCAGGUCUUCGGCAUCUGCGCUGGUGGAGAAGAAAGGUGUAGUUCUGAACUGUGCAGUUUUGCAAGGAUGCAGAGGCCUGGAGUCGCUCACAGUCGGGCAUCUGCGCGCUAUCCUAUUGACAGACCAUCUCGCUGAACUGUUAAGACAACGAGGAUACACAGUCCACAUGACCCCAAGCGUUGCCCAAAACACUGACAUCUGGAACUUCCUGAAGCUGCUGAGCGUCAAAUGGCUUUCCUCCUGGCACGGCCCCUCCAGUGAGGGAACAGUGUCCGAUUUCAAACGGAUCCUGCGCGAGUCAGUUUACACGGAACUCGGGAAGUCCGAGGACCUCUCGAGCCAGGGCCACAAGGCUUCGCCCAAAGACGUGCUAUUUAAGGUGCAUUUAAAAGAGUUUGUGAAGGAGAAAGGAUUGGAAGGUUACGACCCCAACUUGGAUGUUGCUCUGGUGCAGGAGGGAAGCCUGAGACAAGUUGCAGAGCUACAGAAUGCCACCGCACAGUGUCAGGAGGCCGCAGAGCAUUGCACUGUGAUUCACGUCGUGGGCUGUGAGGAGGAUUUCCAGCAGCAGAAGAUUGAUCUACUCUGGCAAAUACUCAACACAGGGAGGGAUCCCCUCACCCAGAAAUACGUGGUGUGUGGGCCAGUGAGAGUUACUGGUGAAAACCCUCGGAUCAGUGCCAUUCAAUACUUUCAGUUUCGAAGAUCUCAAAUGAAAGAGGCAUCUGUGAUGAAGUAUGGAGACCUGGUGCAAGGAGAUUCAUGGACUGGGAUCAUUAGUAGUAUGACUUCUGCCACCAUCAGGUUUGAGCUGUUGGCAGCAGCGCACCGCAGCCCACUGACCUUGGACUUGAGCGAAGAAGCCAGCAUCUCUACCAAAGGGACACGGAGUGGAGCAUUCGUCAUGUACAAUUGUGCCAGGCUCGCCACUUUAUUUGAUAAUUUCCACAAGUCCGUCCAGCAAGAGCUGUAUCCAGAGCUCCCGGACACCUCGGAAUUGAACUUUUCUGCUCUUCGGGAAGAGGGGGAAUGGCUUCUGUUGUACAAUUAUAUUAUCCCAUUCCCAGAGGUUCUCAGUGAGAGUGCAAAGUCCUGGAGUUCAUCCGAGGGGAUUCGACUCACAGUCAACACUGAGGCGAUCUGCAAGUUUCUUGUGAAGCUCAGCAUGGAUUUCAGCUCCUAUUACAACCGUGUGCACAUCCUGGGAGAACCGCUGGAUCACUUGUUUAACCAGAUGUUUGCUCGGCUGUGGCUGAUGAAGGCAUUGCGCGAUGUCUUUCACACAGCGUUGGGAACCCUGCACAUACUGCCACCCAACCAGCUCUGAGAACUCAGCAAGUCCUGCAUCUCACCUCCAAGGCACAGCCUGAGAACCGAGUGCAAUCCGUGCCUCACCAGGUCAGCCAGAGAGAAACCCUGCACCAGGCAGCAUGGAACAGUAUUGAACUGAUCACCUCCCACACCCCCACCACCACCACCACACACCCCUGAGGAGGGAUUGCCUUCAGAACUAGCAAACUGAAUCCUCCGCAGUUGAAAGUGGAGUGAAUAAGCACCAGAGAGAUGCUGGAGAGUUAAGCAAGUCGAGGGGUUUCGGUCGAUAGCCGGUUGAAAACUUAAUUUGUUGCGGGGUUCAAACCCACACCAUUGCAAGUGAGAGAUGACAAUAUAUCUGCUCAAACUUCCUCUUGAGUAGCUGCGGACCAAAGAGACGCUGUUCAGCAUUUAGACCUACGCUCUCCUGGUCAGAAACUGAUUUUAUUUGAGGGAUUAUUCCCCCCAGAAAGCGA